CAAAUUCAUCCAUUGCUCGAAUAAAAGAUAAAUAGUGUUUUCCAUGAGUUAAUAUUUUUAGAGCACCUUCAUUGUGGGUUUCUAGAACAAAUUUUCAAAAAAAAAUAUAAAAUAUAAAUAUAACAAAUUAUUAUGUUUGGGUAUUAUCAAAAUAAUAAAAAUUCAACCCAAAAUAUUUCAUUUAAAAUAAUGGGCCUUGGGCCUAAGAUAAACAAAACGGUAAAGAUGCAUCUGCUCCUUGUUUACCAGCGAGUCACAAACACGCGCUCUUCUUCUUCUUCUCCUUCUUCUCCAUCAUAUACUCGUUCAACGCUCGCGCAAUUCGAUUCAUCACCUCCUCCAUUUCCGCCAUUUCUUCCCCCCCCACCAAUCUCCGUUCCUCUCUCUACCCAUCUCACCCCGAUUCCAUCGAUGGGUUAAUCGAAACACACACAAACCCUCCACGACGUCGUUUCAAAGCCUAGCCCUUUUUUCCUGAUUGCCGUUAAGAACGAGAAAGUUUCCUCCUUUACCACUCUAGACCCCUCUUCUCCAUCGAUCCCGUAAUGGGUAACCCGAAAGACCCUCUCUUUCCCGACGAGGUGAUCCUCCAGAUCCUCGCUAGGUUACCCGUUAAGUCCCUCUUCAGGUUCAAAUCCGUUUGCAAAGCUUGGUGCUUGUUACCUUCCGACGCUUACUUCAUCACCCUUUUCAAUCAACUCUCUGUGAAAGAGCAAACGCUCGUCGCCGAGGUAUCGGACUCGUCGAGCUUGAUCUGCGUUGAUAGUCUCAGAGGCGUCUCUGAGUUCUCGUUGGAGUUUCUUAGAGACAGAGUGAGGAUCAGAGCUUCGUGUAAUGGAUUGUUGUGUUGCGCUAGUGUUCCUGAGAAGGGUGUUUAUUACGUUUGUAACCCUUCGACUAGAGAGUUUUGGGUGUUGCCUAGGAGUAGAGAGAGGCCCGUGACAAGGUUUUAUCCGGAUGGUGAGGCGACUCUUGUUGGUUUAGCGUGUGAUGUUGGUAAGAAGGGGUUUUGCGUGGUGAUGGCUGGUUACCAUAGGUUGUUUGGGCAUAGACCUGAUGGGAGUUUCGUUUGUUUGGUGUUUGAUUCGGAGAGUAAUAAGUGGAGGAAGUUUGUUUCGGCGUUGGAGGGUUGUGGUGGUUUCACGCAUAUGAGUAAGAACCAGGUUGUGUUUGUUGAUGGGAAGCUUCACUGGUUGAUGAGUGGGUUGUGUUAUGUGCUUGCGCUUGAUCUUGAACACGAUGUGUGGAGGAAGGUUUCUUUGCCUGAUGAGAUUAGAUGUGGAGACGGUGGUGGGAAUAGGGUUUAUCUCUUGGAGUUGGAUGGGUUUGUGUCUGUGAUUCAGCUGUCUGAUGUGUGGAUGAAGAUCUGGAAGAUGAGAGAUUACGAGAGUGAGGUUUGGUGUGUUGUUGAUAGUAUAAGUUUGAGGUGUAUCAAAGGAUUGGUGCCUGGAAUCUUCCCGAUUUGUCAGACGGGUGAGUAUGUGUUCUUGGCUACUCAUAAACAGGUUCUUGUGUAUCAGAGAAGAAGUAAGUUGUGGAAAGAGAUGUUUUGUGUUAAAGGAAGCUAUUCUCUGCCUCUGUGGUUCUCAGCUCACGCCUUUCGCAGCACCAUAGUACCUUGUAAUUAUGCUUUAUAGUAUAGAUGUACUAGGAUAAGACCCGCGCCUUGCGCGGAAUUAAGUUAUUAUUUUUAUUAUAUUUUGGAGAAUGAAACAAUAGUUUGGCUUCA